AUGCCAAAAUACUAUUGUGACUACUGCAAGUCGUACUUGACACACGAUAAAAUGAGUGUCAGAAAGUCACAUCUUUCAGGUAAGAACCACAUCAAAUUAUACUGUUCCUACUACGAGGAAAAAGCCAAACAGCUAGGAAUUUGGGACGACAGCGAGGCACAGUAUGAGAUUGGCUUGGAUUAUUUAACUUCAUUCACGCCUUCCCCGGAAAAAUACGCUCGAAGUGUCGUUCGAGAAAAGGAAAAGUCAACUGUGAAGCGUAACGAUGAAGAACAAGAAUUUUGUCUACCUCCUCCACCAACGUUAGCAGAUAUCCCACCACCUCCUUCAGUUCUUCGAAACACUGAGGAGUAUACACAUGCUAUCAAUGUUCAUAAUGCACGAAACGCUCCCAAGUUCUGA